GCUCGCCCUCUGUUGGGCUUGUUCGACCUUCGCGACCACGUACCCUGGCUUCACCGCUCGCCACUAUCCCUCUUGCGCAAUGGCGGAGACGAAGAAGCGACCUUACGCUGAUGACGCCGAGCAGUCGCUUCCCAAGAAGCGGGCGGUGAGCGAGGAGAAACCGGCUGCGAGUCUCGUCAAUGGUGUCGAAUCACAUCCAGACGAACCUAGAGACAGUGACCAGUUGGAGAUGUUCCGCAAAGACGCGAUCUAUAGGCGAAUGAAGUACUACUCACGCGAAUGGGAGAGAAGCGAGGCUCGCGUUGCAGAGCUGGAGCGACGACGGAGUACUUGUGAGGCUGGUUUGGCUGCACUUGAGGCGUGCUGGAUUCAGAUCAUUGGCACAAUCCGCAUGCUAGUCAAGCCUGACGACCUCCCCCCUGUUGAUGUGUCACCGCACGAACUCUACGACCUCACAGCCCAUGUAUCUGACGAUGCAGACCCGCAGUAUGUCGAGUCCCUGCGAGGUAAGAUGCAAGCAACAACAGAGCUUGUAAGUGCGUUCGUACGUCUGGGUGGACAGACGCAGGUGCGGGUCAUGCAAGACGAGGAGUUUCGGACACGGCAGAAAGCACAGACGGAGGAAUCAUCUCUACGAGCGGAACUAUCCCUCGCACGUACCAGACUACGCGACAUGGAGGCGGAACGGGAUAUUUACCGUGAUCAGCUAGUCGCAGCUGAGAAGCGCAUGGACCGAAUGCAAAGCAAGGUCGCGUCUGCUUCACAUAAACACUCCGUUAAUGGCAAAGUCAAGACUGAACCAUCGUCCGAGGCCUCGGCAUCGCCAGCACCUCCGCCAGCUGAUGACCGGGACGGCGGUUCAGGGACGGCGCAAGAGUGGGAGGCCAUUGCCAGAUUCCGUUCUGCAGAACUUGCGAAGGCUCGGUCAGAGAACGAGUCCUUGCGGCACACUGUUGGCCAGUUAUGGGCUCAGAUCCGCGCCGUUGCAGAAGAAGUGGUGGUCGCCUCGCCUUACUAUCGUAUGUUACAGGAAGAGCGUGAUCGUCUUGAAAAUGCACGACAAGAUGAGCAACAGACCGUUAAAAACCUUGAAGAGCAAUUGAAGCAAGCAGAGGAGAAACGAACUGAAAUCGUGGAUGCUGCUACGGCAGCUUCUGAACAUGUUGUCAACGAGCUGACAGCUAUGCUGGCAAGACGAGACAACGACAAUGUACGACUUCGAGAAACGCGGGACCAGUAUGCCGCAGAACUGCAUGAGCGCAGGCAGAAGGAGCAAGUUAAAUGCCAGGCGCUGAACGAGUACAAGCAUUUGUCCGAAUCACGCUCUGAACGCAUCGAGAUGCUGAAGUCGGAAGUGACGAGGCUCCGAAGUCGUCACGCCGCUCAGACCGGCGAUGAGGAUCUAUUACACUUCAUUCUGCGUGGUUACUCUGAGGAGUCGAAGGAAUAUGUCGAUGAUAUCAAAGAGAGACUUCGGACGGCCGAGGCAAGGGUGGCUGCCUUAGAGGUCACACUAUCGCAACGUCAACAAUCAGACAACGCAGGAGACCUCAGACAUGAAGUUGACGCCCGAGAACGUCUAGCGGCAGCUGAGAAAGAAUUGGAGAAGUAUCGUUCGGUAUAUGGGGAUACAUCUGCGCUUCCCCCAGACGUAACGUCAUUGCUGGAACGGUUGCAGCAGAGGGAACAUGAGUUCGAACGCUUGACUCUGCAAUUGACACAACAGCAAGAGGCGGAGGCGUCCAUUUAUGCCGAGCUGGAUAGGCUAUCAUCUGCAUGGGAGUCACUGGACAAACGUUUACAAAGCAAGGUUUUCGACCUCUCUGCUAUGGAAGAUAAGCUCACCAGGACUGUUGCUGAGAAAGCGAAGGUGGACAACAAGUACAUGGCGGCGCUACGUGACAAGGAGGCCAGCGAAUCAGAACGGCGGCAGUUGUCUCGCAUAUGCGAAAAGCAUAUCAAGGCGACGGACUUGUGGUUGGAGACACAGAAGAAGUCCUCGGCGCAGAUGAGUGCGGCGGAGAAGGAGCUGAAUAGAGUCAAGACAGCCUAUGCACAUCUAGCGAACGUCGACCAAAAACGGCGAGCUGAGAUGGAAACACUUGCUGCUCGUGUACAGGCUUCCAAGUCUGCAUUCGAGAAGAUGACGUUUACCUACAAAGAACACAUUGAGCAGGCCUCACGAGAACGCGCACAACUGCAACUGGCAGAAGAGGCGGCCUUGAAGGCUAAGAAAGAGGCAGAACGCCAAGCCGUGAAGCUCAAGGCUGCGUCUCAGGAUCAGAGUGCAAGUUCAAGCACUCGUGAAGUGCAACUGCAGAGAGAAGUGGAUCAGUGCAUGAGCAUCCUCAAGUGCUCUACUUGCAGGCAGAAUAUGCGCAACACGGUCAUCACCAAGUGUAUGCACUCGUUCUGCAAAUCCUGCGUUGAUGCCCGUGUAGCGACGCGGCAACGCAAAUGUCCUGCAUGCAAUCUUGCUUUCUCCCAAGGAGAAGUCCAGACACUGUUCUUCCAAUGAUGGAUUGACAGUCGGCUUCUUGUAGACCUUUCGCCUAUGUUAUUACCUUCACCUUCCUCAUGCUUUGGCUUUAUGACUCUCGUCGUCCACUGUGGUCUUUCGCUCAUGAUCCGCUUUACAUGUGUUGUCUGAGUAAUAUAUAGUCUACUACAUUGCAAUACAUCUCUCUACUCAUUC